AUUGGAAAUCAAUUAACAGUUUUCAGGUUUCUGGGCAUUAAUACAUUUAAGGACAGUGUGUCUGACAACCAGCAAAAUAAGAGGAAAAGCAAAAAAGGUUGUGGAAAUGUUGUUGCUUUUCAGAAUGCAGACAGUAUAAUGGAAGAAAUGCAUCAGUCAGACAAAGCUCUAGGAAAAAACAGCCAAAUCACACCAACAUCCAGAACACGGGCAGACCAACAAGGGGCGUGUUUUCCAAGUAAGAGUCAGAUAGCAUUACCCGGGAGACAUCACACUGCCUUACCUUUCUUCUCAAACAAAGAGAACAGGGGAUGUGGCUUUGACUUCAGCUUUCUCCUUCAGAACUCAUGCCCAGAAUCUAACAUUUCAACAUCAUUUUUGGAUUUAGAUACUUUCCAGAUAAUAAAAGCACAAAUACAACGAAGGUUAAAUGUAACAAUGAUAAAAACCAGGAACAAGAAAUCUGAGUUUCAUUUGCCACCACUGACAUGUCCGCUUCUAAGAACAAUUCAUCUUCCUCUUCUAAAGGAUGAUAUUGUCAAUGAAAGCAGAAACAUCAAAUAUAUUUUAAAUAUUAUUAAUUCUAUUCCUCGGCCUAUAAAACCAGUUACUAAAUUUUAUCAAUAUCAGUUAGACAACUUAUUAAACGGGCACGGUGAAAAGUCAUCAGAAUUGAUCAUGGCCACAAUUUCUGAUAAGUUCACUCCUGUGAAGGACCUGUACUACUUCAGCAUUAAUAACUGUGAUAAGUACCCCAACAACAAGAAGGAAGAAAUCCAAAGCCAUUUAAAAUGGAGGGAAGCUGAUGUAACAAUCCACACUGAGAAGAAGAACCAGGUGAAGUUCCAGUGUUCAGUGGUUUGUGAGAACAUUGAUGAUCUGAACCAAGCCAGGUUCUGGCAUGAGAGUCAUCCCUACUUGAGCUCAAGCAAUGCUCUAGUGAGCUGUGGCAUGUUUACAGCCCAGACAAUAUUUACAGUGUCCAGCAACAGCCAUGCCUCAAGAACUGGCAAUAAGCAAAACAGAGCAGAGAAUUGCUGUAACACUGGUCUGGAAGAAGAAAAUGCUACAGAGAUGAUUCUGGAUCAUAAACCACAGGACGAUGCUGAGAGUGCCAACUUUGUGCUUUACAAUCAAGAUUUAGAUUCUUCCUGUAGAAAUGAAGUGAUAGAGGCCUACCAAGCCUUAGAAGAUAAUUCUGUAGUUGCAGUAAUUCCUAGAGUAGAGGUACAAGAUCCUUCUGGAAAACCGUCAGAAAAUCAAGCCUGUCUCUCUGAAUCUGAAAUAGAUAAAGAAGCAAUGUCAGGAGCAACUUCAGAGGACCAAAGGGAGCUUGUAGCUGUUGCUCAUGUUACCCUCUCUGAACAAGAGCUAGCCAGAGAACCACACAUUGCUGAACAACCUGCCACAAAAAAGGGUGUUGUCUGUACCUUGCCUCCUCAUGUUACUCAGAGCCUCAAUGUUCUUGCUCACAAAGAAAAUGACAAAAAUAAAAUGAAGAUGAAUAGAAAUAAAUAUUCAUCAAAAUCUAAAAUUAAUAACAAGAUAAAAGUAUCUGAAGAAAUAAUUGCUUCUGAUGAAGUUACCACAAAAUCAAAUGCCAAGAGUCAGAUUUUUCCGUCUUUGGAACUGACAAAAGUGAAAUCUGAGACUUCCAUGAAGUGUCAGAAAAAAAACACUCAGGGAGACAAAGGCCAUGUUGCUCAGAGUGCUCAGAAAAUUAAAAAGCAAAGUUGCUCCUGCAGUUGCAAAAAUUCAGCUAUCUUAAAGAAACAUGUUACUCCACUUUGUCUACCACGUGCAUCCUCUGCUUCAGAGUUUGUAGACCUGAAAUACACUGACAUGUUCAAAAUAAUAAAUUCAGAUGACCAAGGCCCAGGUAUUUAUGAAAUGUUUGGAACUCCUGUCUAUUCCCGCAUGCGAGACCCUGAUCAGCAUGAGGACAGGUUUUAUAAAAGUGUUUAUUCUGCUCCACCAGGGAGCUACACCUGCAGAUCUACCUGCAGUAAAGAGGGAGAAAAAAGCGGAGUCAGACACAGAAAAAAGAAAACACAUUCCAAGCCAAAGAAAACCAUACCUGGUGCUAAACAAAAGCAGAAAGAUUUAAUCACAAAGGACAGAAGGACCAAGCUGAGUGACAGCAACACAGACCAAGAUAAUGCAACAACUUCUGACUUGGAUUUUCAAACACACACCUCAAGUAGCACAACAUUGUUUCAUGGAGAUGAGGAUCAUGAGCUCACAUUUUUAGAAAAGCUUUCACAGUCAACUAAGCAAAAUGAAAUGUUUACAAAUUCAAACCUAUCAACUAUUAAAGAAGUUUCUUUGGAGCAGUUGUUAGACAGCCAGGAUAAUUCCAGCCAUCAGAGAGCUGCUGCCUGCAGCCAGGAUCUCCAGUUCAGUGAUAAAGACUGCAGAGAAUGUGUUGCUCCAAGUGGCAGGCUGGUAACAGCAGAGCAGAACUUCUGUGUGCUCCAGUGCAGGUGGGAUAUGGAUGGUGGCAAAGGCCUGCAAUCACACAAAGACUCCAAGUCUGUCAAGAAAUGUGAAUUGCCCUUUUCAGAUAGACUGGAAUGUCAGUCCCCUACAGAAAUAUUAGAUCACAGUUGGGCAAGCACACCUCAAAACAGUGGUUUGGCAAAUGAAUUGACUCAACCUUCAGUGAUUUGGACAAGAAAUGCCAAAAGCCUCAGUUUCCAGGCAAGUCAAAAUAUUUCUUCCUGGUCAGAUACUAAGGAUGUGACUGAUGAGUUGCUUUGUUGUCUGGCCAAAGAAUUGCUAAUGCUUGAAGAAAAAGACACCAACUCUUCAAGAACAAAAAAUACAUGUUCUAAAAUAGAAAACACACAGAGUGAAGAAGAGAGAAGUAUGAUGAAUGGAGAUGGAGCAAUAAUCAAUAGUGCUCUAGAGAAGAGUUACAGUAAAGCCUUUUUGGCUUCAAAUGAAGAAAAUGGCCUUCUAAACUUUGACGAAUCUACUAAAUUACCAGGAAGCAAUUUAGCUACCAAAGAUCCUAUCAUGUGGACAAGAGGAGAAGUCCUUGGAAAGGGAGCCUAUGGCACAGUGUACUGCGGUCUGACAAGCCAGGGACAAUUAAUAGCUGUAAAACAGGUGGUUCUGGAUACAUCAGAUCAACUCACUACAGAAAAGGAGUAUCAGAAGUUCCAUGAAGAAGUUGAUCUUUUGAAGACACUGAAGCAUGUAAAUAUUGUAACUUAUUUAGGAACUUGCCUGGAAGACAACAUUUUAAGCAUAUUCAUGGAGUUUGUUCCUGGUGGAUCCAUUUCCAGUAUUCUGAAUCGCUUCGGUCCAUUGCCAGAAGUCGUCCUGUGUAAAUACACCAAGCAAAUUCUACACGGGGUUGCAUAUUUACAUGACAACUGUGUGGUGCACAGAGACAUCAAAGGCAAUAACGUGAUGCUCAUGCCCAACGGGGUGAUAAAGCUGAUUGACUUUGGCUGUGCCAGGCGCCUGGCCUGGGCCAGCCUCAGCGGCACCCGCAGCGAGCUGCUCCGAUCCGUGCACGGCACUCCCUACUGGAUGGCUCCAGAGGUCAUAAAUGAGUCUGGCUAUGGCAGGAAAUCUGACAUCUGGAGCGUUGGCUGCACUGUGUUCGAGAUGGCAACAGGCAAACCCCCUCUGGCUUCCAUGGACAGGGUGGCAGCCAUGUUCUACAUCGGGGCCCACAGGGGGCUGAUGCCGGCCCUGCCCGAUCGCUUCUCCAGCGCUGCCGUGGAGUUUGUGCAUGCCUGCUUAACCAGAGAUCAACACGAACGGCCUUCUGCUCUGCAGUUGCUGGACCAUCCCUUUGUGAAAGGAAGACAGUGA